CAGACGACGAAGGUCUACCGCUUCACUAUUCCAUGGCGGAAGAGAGCACACGCAGGAGGAACGUGUCCUCUUCCAGCUAUGGGAACUCAAAAAAGGAGGAAGGUUUUGUCUACGAUGAUCAAAGCGCAUCGCAGGACGACGCCGACGGGAAGGGCUUGAGCGCUAAGCAUGCCAAAUUCCUUCCUAGAGGCCAGCAGCAUGUCCGACCGCGUCGCUUGCCGCCGCCAUCAACGCUCACUGAAUUUAUUCAACAAAAUUGGGAGUGGAUCCCACCCGUCAUCUACACGCUCCUUGCCGCCUUUACUCGGUAUUACCAAAUCGGAAAAUCCAACGUGGUAGUCUGGGAUGAGGCCCAUUUCGGUAAAUUCGGCUCGCAUUACCUCAAGCGGGAUUUCUACUUCGACGUGCAUCCCCCGCUUGGGAAGAUGCUCGUCGGUUUAGCCGGGCUGUUGUCCGGCUACGAUGGCUCUUUUGAGUUCAAGUCAGGCGAAGCGUACCCCUCCCACGUUCCGUAUACCGCAAUGCGGGUGAUUCUUGCAACCUUCGGUGUCGGCAUGGUCCCCAUCGGUUGGUUUACCGCCGUGGAGUUGGGCUUUAGCCAAAGGGCCUGCCAUCUUGUCACGCUCAUGGUACUUUGCGAUUGUGCCUGGGCUACAAUCAGUCGAUUCAUUCUACUUGACUCCAUGCUCUUGUUCUUCACUUUCACUACUGUGUUCGGUCUCACCAAGUUCCAUAAUCAACAGUGGAGAUCAUUUUCAUUUGAGUGGUGGUUCUGGCUUGCGUUCACCGGCGUGUCUAUCGGUUGCGUAGACAGCGUGAAGUGGGUUGGCUUUUUCGUCACCGCGCUUGUGGGUCUGUACACCAUCGAGGAUUUAUGGGAGAAGUUCGGCGAUUUGCAAAUGCCUAUAAGAAUCUACCUCCGGCAUUGGGCGGCUCGAAUCCUGUGUUUGAUUAUCACACCCUUUAUGGUGUACCUGGCCUCUUUCAAAAUACAUUUCCUUAUCUUGAACCACUCUGGUCCUGGAGAUGCCCAGAUGAGCUCCUUAUUCCAAGCCAAUUUGCGAGGCAACGACUUCUCUCAGAAUCCACUCGAGGUCGCCUACGGCUCCAAGAUCACCCUCAAGAACAUGGGUUGGGGUGGCGGAUUGCUUCACUCUCAUCCUCACUCAUACCCUACCGGUUCGCAGCAGCAACAGGUCACUUGUUACCACUAUAAAGACGACAAUAACCACUGGCUGGUUAUGCCUCGCUGGGACGAGAAGGAGUACGAUCCAAACGGCGACCUUCGCUUCCUUCAAGACGGGGAUACAGUCCGACUUAUUCAUGCCUCAACCGGCCGGAAUAUGCAUUCCCAUCCCCUGCCAGCACCGAUUACCAAACUCAACAACGAGGUCAGUUGUUACGGAAAUGCUACUGUCGGGGAUCAUCAAGACCAUUGGGCCGUCGAAGUGGUGGAUGAUCUUAAUAUGGGUUCCAAGGACAAGGUCCACCGCAUACAUUCUCUCACAACACGUCUACGACUGAAGCACGUCGCCCAAGGGUGUUAUCUGCGAGCUGCCAAUGCAAUCCUUCCCCAAUGGGGUUGGAAACAGGUCGAAGUAUCUUGCGUGAAGGAGAAUAAUCCGAGAGAUGCUCAUACAUAUUGGAACGUUGAAAGCCACUGGAACGACCGUUUGCCUCGAGGCGAGGUAAAGCUUUACCGCUCACCGUUCUUCCGUGACUUCUGGCAUCUCAAUGUCGCCAUGAUGACCUCGAAUAACGCUCUCAUCCCAGACCCAGACAAGGAAGACAUCCUGGCGUCGACACCUUACCAGUGGCCCUGGCUGAAUGUGGGAUUGCGAAUGUGCGGUUGGGGGGACCAGCAGAUCAAAUACUACCUCUUGGGCAAUCCAAUCGUUUGGUGGAGCGGUACAGCAAGUCUCUUGCUGUCUCUCGUUGCCCUUGGCGUGUACUUGUUGAGGAUGCAGCGGCGGUACAACGAUUUCGAGCCAGGUCAGUGGGACCACGUCUUGUACGUCGGAAAAGUCGCCUUGAUAGGCUGGUUCCUACAUUACUUCCCGUUCUUGGCCAUGGGUCGUGUCACAUACAUCCAUCAUUAUCUCCCCGCCUUAUGGUUCUCCGUCCUGAUGACUGGCCAUCUUCUGGAUCACUUCAUAUUCAAAUCCAAACGCUUGUCGGAGCGCACAAAAUGGACCGUCUUCAUCUUCUGCGCGCUGGCCGUUAUCGAGACGUUCCUCUGGUUUAGAGGUAUCGUUUUCGGAAUUGAAGGCCCAAUCCAGGACUACAAGGGUUUGUUGUGGAGAAAGUCUUGGAAUAUCUAUUAAACGCUCGGACUAACUAUGCUAGUUUUGCAUGCUGUAUACUAUCCUACACGCAUAGAAUACCAAUCCGUGAUAACCCUGUCCUCAGGGUCGCG